AUGUCCAUCACGACUUGCGACUUGUCUCCAUCACGACAUCACGACUACGACUUGCGCAAAGAAUGGCGAUUUUAUUCAGCACCAAUGGUUCGAUAUUCUAAACUUCCCUUUCGAAAACUCCUCCGUUUGUACGAUGUCGACUGUUGUUUCACUCCGAUGAUUUAUGCGGAAAACUUCUUGGAAAGUGAACUCUGCAGAAGUAGUGAAUUUACGACAGCUGAUGAUGAUAGGCCACUAAUCGUUCAAUUUGCCGCAAGGGAUCCAGUGAUAUUUGCUUCAGCUGCUGAACUUGUUUACAAGUAUUCCUCUGGCGUUGAUUUGAAUUGCGGGUGCCCAAAAAGUGAUGUUCGUUCUCGUGGAUUUGGUAGCAGUUUAUUGAGUGAGCCGGAACUUCUUGCUGAUAUUGUCCGUCAUACUCGGGCCAAAAUCUCUGAUUCAAAUUUUUCGAUAUCGCUGAAAGUGCGCAUUCAAUACCCACUCGAAAAGACGAUUGAUUUAUGUAAGAAAGCCGAAGCCGCUGGCGUUAGUCAUUUAACGGUACAUGGACGCACUCCAUCACAGCGCUUAGAACCGCCCGACUACGAUGCGAUUGCUUUAAUUAAAUCAUGUAUUAACGUCCCGAUUGUUGCGAAUGGCGAUAUCACCAGUCGAAAUCAGGCGUUAGAGAUAUUGGAAAGGACAAAGUGUGACGGUGUCAUGUCGGCAAAUGGGCUCUUGGAAAAUCCUGCUUUGUUCGCAGGGCAUGAAUCAACCCCGAAGGAUUGUAUAGAGAACUUUUUAUCUAUUACUGCCAUUCAUGGGAUGACCUACAUGUUGUUUCAUCAACAUUUAAUCAUGAUGCUCAGAAAUGUCCUAACUCCUCCUCAGCGCAAAAUUUUCAACGAACUUUCAAGUCGGCCGGCUAUACUAGAUUUUUCUCUUCGAAAAUCGGAGUCUCACGUGUGCGACAAGGCGCAGCAUUGUGCCCCCUUGAUGAACUCCCUUCCAGUAUCAUGCGCUCGGCCGCCGACAUUACAGCCGAGAGUGCGAGCGGCGAACAGUCAACGAGCCUCUUUUCCACCAGCUCGACCGCAUCGAAAACAUUCCGUCGAAUUUGUCGACAUCCAGGAAGUGCUACAAAUCUCCAGAGAUCUGAAGGCCAAGAAAAACCAGACGGGAGUUUUUCCGAGUCCAGUCUUCAACGAUUACACCCCAGCACCGAGUAUUCAAAUCCACGGACCACGACGUCACUCCGAAGUGACCGUUUUGCCGACGAAACUUCACACACCAUCGCGUUUCGAGCGCUUCACAAUGAGUGGAUACAGAGUUGUGCGUCGCUUGAAAUCGAGUCUCCUUUCAUGCGUUUGCUCGAUGGAAGCUGAUCAAAAAUGUACGAUCGGAUACGCCGAUCUGAAC